GCAAAGGUGCAGAAGAAUGUCUGCACUGUGUGGCUGUACCUGUCGAUCCUGUGAGCUGGGACUUUCUUGCUGACACCACAUCCGCCCUCACCACAUUUACUUCGGAGGAUUAUCAUGCUGCUGAAAGCACUCUGCAGGGGGAAGAUAUGAAGUUUGCCAAAAGCCAAGUGUGUGACCUGAAAUCACUGAGGAACUGGGCAACUCUGUGUGUUUUGCUUGUGGUGGUGCUCCUACUGUACCAUGACCCAUUUCUAAUACUCUGGUGGCCUCAGAAACCUGCUGAGAAAACUAAGACUGAAGGUUUACCUCUGGAUAUGGCGACAGACUCCAUUGAUGACAUGUAUGACGGCUGUCGAUCUGAGGCAGCCUCUACCAUUGACCUGUUUGGCGUGUUUGAGUGGCACUUCAACAGAAACUUCAGUUUUGCCUGGGCUUUAGCUGAAAGAGGUGCAAAGAAAUCUGCUCACAGGCGCCUGAAAGAAGACCACGCUAUAGUUAUGUACAUGUACACAAAAAUGAAACACAUCCAACAAGUUUUCAACAAAGCGGUGAAAACAGGGAAACACAACUACAGCACACAUGGAUUUAAGUUCCAUUAUUUCUACUUUUACUUGACUGAUGCCAUUCAAGUUCUGCAUCACAAUCAGACAUCGUGCAGAACCACUUAUCACAGGACAUGGAAACAGUUUAACAAUAACGUCAUCAACACAAACAUGCGUUUUGGUGCCUUCACUUUGACAGCUUCAACUAAACAGUCUUUUGAUUUUAAUGGCAAUGUGUCUUGUUUUGAGAUCGACACAUGCUUUGGUGCUGACGUAACAUAUUACUCUGCUUCAAACCAGAUGGGACAGGUGCUGAUACCUCCCUAUGAGGUUUUCAAAAUCACUGACGUCCUGACAAAUGACCCAUGGUGUGAUGUAGUUUACAAGCUACAGAGCACCAAAAUACCAAGGACAGAUUUAAAUUGCAAACUGAAUGAGAGGCAAAUAAAAACAUAUUUUGGAGCUGUUUCAACACACUGGUAUACAAGCAGUGGGAUGAUGUUAGCAUGUGCAGUACUUAUGGUUAUAACUUCUUUGGUCCUUGUAAAACGCAGACAGAAGUGUUUUGUGGUUGCAGUGAUGGGUGCCCUGCUGAUGGAGAUAAUUAUUGUGGUGAUUCUGAAAAUUAGCCAGUGAGUCAAAGAAGUGUGUUGUAUGCUAAUAACAUAUUCCCUUUUCCUGUCUUCCAAACUGUAGAACUAUGUAAGGUUUUUGAAUCAUUUUUGUGGAUUUGGAGAGCCUUUCUAACAAGUAAAAGCAGGUAAAUGAAGUGCAGUCCUGAAUAUUCAACCUCAAAACUGAUAUAUAUUUUUCACAGUCUUUGAUGCACUGCUCAAACAAAUUAACUUGUAUAAAGCAAAACUGCCAGUGUGAUUUUGUAACGUAUCCUUGGGUCACCCUGGUGGUAUUAAAUCUUUUUAAACAUUUGAUAAUAAACAAUAUGUAAUA